AAAAAGUGUACGAAAGACGGGAACAGCAGCAAAUAUAAAAAUGGACUACGACGAUCUAAUCAAGAAACUUGGCAACUUUGGAAAAUUUCAUUUUCGACUUUAUGUUGUGCUUUUCUUUCCCGUUCUUUUCAAUUCUUUCAGCACCCCCAUUAUUGUAUUUUUUCUGGGUGACCAGUCAUACAGGUGUAAACUUCCGGACUGGCCAAAUGACACGUAUGCUGUACAAAAUGAAUACCACCAGGGUAUUAUAAAUUCAUCUAUACCUACAACGUCUGAUGGUAAAUAUAAAGAAUGUGAAAUCAUCAGGAAUGGGACGGCUGGAAGGUGUACAGAGUGGGUCUACGACAUAUCAACAUUUUCCAACACUAUUGUCUCACAGUUUAACCUGGUGUGUGACAGAACUAUGAUCCGCCCCCAUGCUAUGAUGACUUAUUUCAUUGGUUAUGCUUCAUCAACGGUUUUCUUGUCCAUAGUUGGAGAUAUAAUUGGACGACGUCUGGAGUGUUGUUUAUGUCUGACGUUCAUGUUCCUGACCAAUAUCACCAUGCCGUUCUCUACCUCCGUCUACAUGUUUGCUGCCCUCCGCUUCUUUGACGGAUUUUGUGGUGCUACCAUAUAUCGGACAACUUUUAUACUGGGGUUGGAGUUUGUUCCCCCACACUUACGUCUGAUAUCCGGUACACUGAUAGUCCUAGUUUACUGUGGAGGAGCCUAUAUCCUGGUGCUUAUCGCUUAUUUCAUCAGAGACUGGAGAUGGUUACAGUUAACAGUUGCCACCCCAAUGGCGAUACCCCUCAUCUACUGGUGGCCAAGAAUUUAUCCAGAAUCUCCAAGAUGGUUGUUAUCUCGUGGAAGGCACAAGGAGGCAAUGGAAAUCUUAAAGCACGCGGCCAAGAUCAACAAUACGCCACUGGAUGAGGAUAUCACGUUGUUGAAAGUCAAACUAGAAAAAGAGGAAGAUAAGGGAAUCCUUCACAUUCUGAAGAUGCUUAUUAGUUCCCGCAAACUGGUCAUUCGUUGGCUCAUUGUUACGGCCAACUGGUUUGCCAUUGCCUUUAUCUACUACGGUCUAACUGUAAAUCUGGGAAAACUCGGUGGGGAUUUGUUCUCAAACUUCACGAUGUCAAACACAGCUGAAGUACUUGGAUACUUAACGUGCUUUCUCCUGGAUAAAACAGGAAGGAAGCCUAUGCACCUGGUUGUCCUUUUCGGUAGUUCUGUGGCUUGUCUCCUCACCCUGAUACCGAUUCUACUGCUGGACGAAUCAUAUAAUUGGCUUUUGAUCACUUUUGCUAUGAUUGGGAAGUUUGGAGUAUCAGCAGGAUUUGGGGAGAUCUUUAUAUACACUGGAGAAAUGUUUCCCACUGUAGUCCGGAGCUUAAGUCUGGGUCUGUCUGGGGCAGGGUCAAGAGUUGGAAGCAUUAUAUCUCCGUACAUGUUUUUUCUGGCGGAAGGGACGUUUGGGAAGGUAUUGCCUUUCCUGCUCUUUGGCUCCUUGACGUUCUGUGUUGCGCUUCUUUCCCUGAAACUCCCAGAGACCAGAAUGAUAAAACUGCCACAGCAAGUAGAGGACGUCAAUGAAGAAGACAAUAAUCGUCCUCCUCUAAGCAAAGAAGCAGAAAAUACAGAUGAAGUGGAAAAAUUUAUGGAAGAUGGACUGUGAAUAUCAUUUAUAGUAUCGAUGCUUUUAUCCA